AUGGCAAACGUCGAAACAUCGUAUUUCUUCCCACCACAAUGGAAUUAUCGUGUCGGUGGGCCUAUAAGUCUCGGGAACAUCCUCUCCGACCCCAAGCAGCCACAGAGAGCCCUGAACGAUGAGCAGAAGAAGACUCUGCCGAAGCUCAUAGUCGAUGACACCAAACCCAAUUUCAAAGCUGUCAUUGCCGCUAAGCACGCCUUAUCUGCCGGCGUUGGGUCAUCUUUACUGCAACUGUUUGGAUUUUCGGCCGAUGUGAGUUUCGAGCGCAGCAAGAAACGUAUCUGGACCAUUGAGGCGGACAAGAUUCAUGUCCAAGAGAUUGAUCCCAAGCCUCUUUACGUGGAAGACUGUUUCCAACACCCAGACGUUCUAGACCAUAUGCAACGCGCCAAAGCAAAGCAGCUAUACAUGAUAGUCGGUGUCAUGGCCGCCGAGGCCGCUACGGUAAGUAGCGAUGUUGGCAAGAGGCACCUAUUCGGCGGCAGAUUCGGCAUCAGCGCUGUGCCGGCAGGCGGCGUUCCUGUAGAUGCAAACGUAUCCGCCUCAACAGAACGUGAAGAGGACGCACAAGCCAGUUUCGGAGCGAGCGACUUCAUUCUGGGUUACAAAUUAAGGGAGAUCACCUUUUUGUUGGAGGAGAAGAAAGUCGUUAGCAUGAAAGACGUAAAGAAGGGAACACUGCUGGAUGACGCGGCUUCUGAAGAAGACCCUGGCGGCGUAGACUCAGACCAUCAAAAUAGAGAGGUGGUCGCGAGAUGCGUUCAGCUCGAGGAGGAAAGAGUGGGACCUGACGAUUUUGAAUUCGUGGGCUUGGAAGGUGAUAUCACCGCCGACGGAGAAAGUAUGCAUCACAGGGUGGAAUUCGCGGUGCCCAUCUACGCGGAGUACGCAAAUGAAGGAGAUUGA